CGGUUGCAAAGGCUGCAGCCUCCAUAACUGGACCAUUCGUGGGCUUGGGUGCUGCGCUGUCGAUACACGGGGGGACAAAACAACACCGGCGUAGUAGUUUUUUUUUCUUUCCCCGUCGCCACCUCUCGCGCAGUGCGCUCCAUCCUCUCGCAAGAGCGCCGCUUCGGAGCCUAGGGUUUGAGCAUCGUCAGUCGGAGCCACAGCGGUCGAGGAGACAUGAAGGCGAGGCGGGGGCUCCUCGGCGGCGAGGCAGGGCGGUCGCCGGGGUUGGAGGCGGCGGCCCGCCGUCGCGCCCAGCGUCACCGGGCAGGAUCGCAGGCGGCGGCCUGGGCAGCUUCGGGAGGCGAGGCGGGCGCUCCUCGGCGGCGAGGCAGGGCGGUCGCCGGAGUUGGAUAAGGCAGCCACUGAAUGGGCUGAAAGAUUUUGGCCCAUGUGCCACCCAUGGGCCAGGCCCAGUGCGACUCGGUGCCCAGUGCGAAUCGGUGCCCAGUGCGAAUCGGUGCACUGUUUUAGUGGUGGAGAGUGGCGAAUCGGUGCCCAGUGCGAAUUGGUACCCUAGAUUUUAAACUCGGUGCGCUCCCCCGACGCCGCCGAGCUCUCCUACUCGAAGGCCACCUCUCCCCCGACGCCGGCGAGCUCUCCUACUCGAAGGCCACCUCUCCGGUCGCCGCCUUCUCUUGCUGCUGCUUUGUGAUCUGCCCAUCAAGGGAGGAGGCUGACAAGGCUGUGACUGCAUACCACAACAAGCGCACACUACCUGGGAAAGCACAAUGGGAGUAGACAGAAAAGUAAAAUGUUCUCUAAAGGCAGUUGCCCAAGCAGUAGGAUUCUUGGGUGAUGAAGCAACCCGUAUCUUGAAAGAUGACCUCAAGUUUCAUAACAUGAUGGGGCUGGAUCUGGAUAGCUUGAAAAGGCGUGACAUUGUGGAAAUUAUAUAUAAUAGAACAGAAGUGGUAGAUGGCACAAUUGUGACACAUAUAAGCAAUGAGCAAAGGAUUGUGGUCACAGUUAAGAGGAUUGAGGAAAUAUUAGGCCUUCCAUGCGGAAUUGAGGGAGAGGAAGUGAUUUUGCCAAAAUCUGCACACAAACAAGUUCUUGAUUUGUUCUUGCAGUAUCCUGAUACCCUCAAUAAGGACGUCCCUUCGAAGCCCAAUUUUAAAAAUUCGCUAAUUGGUGCCAAGAAUUUGAUCAAUUUGAUGAAGAAGGUUCCUGACUCAAAAGACAAAGUUAGGUGCUUUUUGAUGGUCCUACUGAACCGGGUGUUGAUUCCGGCAAGUGGGUUUCAUCUGAAUGAAAGGCAGGCUGCAUUAGCUUGGGACCUUGAAUGUGUAGCCAAGACUGAUUGGUGCAAGGUGGUAUUCGAUGACUUGUCAGAUUGCAUAGUGAACAAGCAUAGGGACACGAAUUUUUCUGGUUGUUCACUUGUUCUACUGAUUGCUGUCUUCGAGGCCGUAGUGCCAUCUCACUGUCCAAAGACAAAACCAUCUAUCAUUGGUUACAACAAGAAAACGUUGAAAACACUUCUUGAUCUAAUUAAAGGAAUGGUGAAAGAAUGUGGCACUGAUGAAGAGGAUAAAAUGGGGCAAAAUGGGUCUUUCCCAGACUAUGAAGAGGAUAUUCACAUAAUUAUGAAGAAUAUGGCUGAUCAUCUUAAUGAUGUGAAACAUAUGUUGCCAGAAGAACAACAGGAAUCAAUUGAAUCCACCCUGGAAGCUUUUGAUGCACUCACAAUGAGAAUUUGGCCGCUGGAUCUUUGGGAUCCAUUUUACAAAGCCAAUGUUUUAGAAGUGGACAAUGACAGCGAUGGUAGCCAUAUCAUGGUACAGAUAGGUGACCAUAUGGUUACCAAAACUACAUUUAGAGAAAGCUUGAAGCCAGAUGGCUGGAUGAGCUCAUUUGUGAUGGAUGCGCAAUGUGAAAUCUGGCGCUCACAAUGGCCGGACAAGAUCAUUCUUACUAAUUACGCUUCUAAAGAAUUGCUGGAUCAAAACGGUACAAAAUCCCUGGACAAGGAGCUUAAUGAAGAAAAUGUAAACAACGCUAAACAGAUAUUUGUGCCCGUAAAUGCAGAAAGAGUGCACUGGAUAUUGGUUGUAAUGGACUUUGAUAAACACAAAGUGCAAAUCCUAGACUCCUUUGCUUCAGAGACUUAUCUUGUCCCUGCUUAUAAAGUGGCAUCACAGCUGGAGUUGUAUUUAAUGACCAAAUUCAACCUGCAUACUGGCUAUCCUAAGGAGAGGGACUUGAAGUUGGAAAAACAGAAAAACAUAAAUGACUGUGGGUUUCAUGUCCUCUUAUACAUUCAGCGCUAUGGGCGCAGUGACAUGUAUAAAAUUGAUACGGAGCAAAUUUUAUGUUACCGUAAGCAGCUUGCUUAUGAGCUCAAGCGCGAAUCCAAUGACCAUCCUUCCACAUCAACCUUGAACCUUGAUGAUUCACCCCUACAUGUGUAUUCAGCAAGACCCCCACCAGGAAGAUCAACAACCUCCCCAUCUGUGUCAGGAAGCUUAAGUGCAACAGAAUCUGACCCUUUGGGCGCUAAGAAGCAGUCUGCUGAGGAAGAGGGCACUUCGAGCAAUAGAUUGGUGCCUAAUGAGAAGGAAGAGGGCGCUGCAGCGCACACUAAAAGAAAAAGAAGAAGGACUGACAAGGCUGUUGGAACACCAGUUGUGUCACAACGCCCAGACACUGGAGCUGCUGCACAGGAGUUAUGCAAUCUUCUCUUAAAAGCUGACCCUAACAGUGAAAGCAGCAAUCUGAUCUCAUUUCCCUCACUGAAGAUGACAAUAAAGGAAGGUGUUACCUUCUUGAGAGAUGGCUCGGCCACCAUCGAGAUGCUCAGAGAAACAAUUAAAAUCAUCGGUUGUUUCGAAGCCAAAAAUCCUAAUAGAUACAAGAUAAUUGUUGGUCCUAUGGAUAUGUCCACCUUGGACGACACUGGCAGCGAGGCCUUCAAGGAUGCAGUGAAGACCCAAAUGGUGGUGCCCAGCAUUCCACAGUAUUGUAAAAUGGUAUUCCUCCCUGUCAAAAAAGGUAGCAACUGGUUAGUCUAUUGCAUUAAUGGUGUCUGUAAAAGGAUAGACUACCUGAUCUGCAGCUCAAAUGAGGAACCGAUGGCUGCUACUGAAUUGUGUAAACCACUCUUGAAGGAAGUAGACUUCCAUGGUAGAAAAAUAUUUGGCUUUAUGGACUGGUCAUCUGCAGUGGUUCCUUUGGAGAAGAAAAUCUCUUCAAGUGAUACUGGCUUAUUAGCCAUGUAUUUUAUGGAGAAGUACAAUGGAAAACAGUUCAGUCUGGAAGACAUAGAGACCUGGUCAGAAAGCUACAGGAAAUCUCUUCUCUAUCUGCUCUUCAGUCAGCAUGUAAACUCCCCCAGCAAGAAGCUUAAGGCGCUCGAGCAGAUGACAAAGAAGAUGAAAAAAUAAGUGGCGGACAAUCACUUAUUGAGCCACCUAUGCAUAUCACUUAUAGUAGCCCCUGAGCAAGAACAUUAUUCAUGUAUGUGUUUGAUGUAAGAACAACGCCACUAGGAGAAGAUGCUUCUCCAUGCCACUAUUGUUUUUUUUCUUAUUGAACUCAGUAGUUUUCUGUAUGAACUUCCGUUUAUCAGAUACCUAGAAUCACCUUGCUCCAGUUCAUAAGCACUGGGAAAUACUGCCCAUCCAGAUUGAAGCAGUAACUCAUUAUGCUUCUUGGCCACCUCAAUGUCAAAUGUUUCACCAUCUGGCACUUUCAGCUUGAUUCUU